GACAUCUCAAUGGCAAUUUUUUUCUGGUCUGGGCUAACGGGGAGGGGACUAGGGGACAAUCUCAAUUGCAUACUCCUCGCGUCCUCACUCCUCAAGGAGAUUGUGAUGAAGAGAGGAUAGGAAAAGAAAGGAGAGGAAACGAUAAUGUUCUGUGAUCCUCCUGUACUGGCUGGUGUCCUUGGCUGAGUCACUGCAGAGGAGAGAGACGAAUCAGCACUCUCCCUCCCUCUCUUCUCUCCUGAGCAGUCUGCAGUGCUCCAGCCCAGGCUGCAGCUAUAAAAAAAAAGCAGCAUAUAACGUCACCACCACUACUAUCACAGCUCUACCAACACACUGAGAUUCACCAUCAGCCAGCGCCACAGAACACAGUCCAGAGACGAGAUAAACAGGAAGCUUGUCGAGCACGAGACGGGACGUUUGGGUUCCAGAGGACACAGUUCAGGUACCCGUUCCAUCAUGAGGUCUCUGUUGAUCUGUGGAGUAGUUCUAGGAGUGCUGUGGAAUGUGGUCCAUUGUGAGCUGGUCUCAGUGUGUGAGGAAGAGGAUGGAGAUCUGAGAGUAGACUGUCGUGUGGAACCCAGAGCCAAUCAGAUCAACAGUUAUGAGUUCUCCGUGUCAACGGGAACCGUGGAGACUGUCGUCAACACCAACGUGUCUGGCUCCGCCCCUGAUGUGCGUUACCGUGACCGUAGCUACGUGGAACAACUGGAGCCCUACGGAUACCGGCUGACGCUGAACGCAGACACCCACACACACACACUCACCAACACACACACACACACAACCUUCAUUUGCAAGAUUUCCAAGAACAUCGCCUCUGUCAUCAUAGAAAAAAAUGACUUGUUGCCGUGUUCAGCUGACAGGGUGCUGGUCCAGAGCUGUUGCUGGCUGCUGGGUGUACUGCUGUCUCUCUGGGGCCCCCAAUGACACACAUACAAACACACUUCUCACAAAAACGUCUGUAAAGUCCGAACGAAUUUGACCCAUCUAUGAAACGCUGAGACUCCAACAAACAUGCACAUGUCACCUGUUUUAGAAAUACAAGAGUCGUUAGAAGGUAACGGGUUCGUUCUUCUACGGAGAAGAUCAUAGGAAACCCCAGAACAAAGAUGGCUGUGUUCUUCUACGGAGAAGAUCAUAGGAAACCCCAGAACAAAGAUGGCUGUGUUCUUCUACGGAGAAGAUCAUAGGAAACCCCAGAACAAAGAUGGCUGUGUUCUUCUACGGAGAAGAUCAUAGGAAACCCCAGAACAAAGAUGGCUGUGUUCUUCUACGGAGAAGAUCAUAGGAAACCCCAGAACAUAGUGUCCAUGGUAUUGUAAUAAGCUCACAUAUUUGCUGUCACAAACUACAAACUCCACACAGUUGUCACCGACUAGAUGGAUUUUCAUUUCCCACGGAGCAUUCUGUACUUACAUAAUUCUUAUAAAUUCAUUGUUUUGAGGUUUUGCUUGGAGGACCUUGUUUUCUUGAUUGGCGUUUGAGAUUAAUAUAAAACUCAUGAAUGAA